GACGUGGACAUAGACGUGGACGUGGAUGUGGACGUGGACGUGGUCGUGGACGUGGACGUGGACGACGUGGACGUGGACGUGGAGGACGUGGACGUGGAUGUGGACGUAGACGUGGACUUGGACGUGGACCUGGACGUAAACGCGGACGUGGACCUGGAUCUGGACCUGGACCUGGAUGUGGACGUGGACGUGGACGUGGAUGAUGUGUGCGUGGACGUGGACGUGGACGUAGAGGUGGAUGACUGGACGUGUGGACGUGGACGUGGACGUGGACCUGGACGUGACAUGGACUUGGACGUGGACGUGGACGUGGACGUGGUCGUGGACGUGGACGUGGACGUGGUCGUGGACGUGGACGUGGUCGUGGACGUGGACGUGGAGGACGUGGACGUGGACAUGGAUGUGGACCUGGACGUGGACGUGGACGUGGAUGUGGACGUGGACGUGGUUGUGGACGUGGAAGUGGACGUGGACGUGGACGUGGUCGUGGACGUGGACGUGGACGUGGACGUAAACCUAGACGUGGACGUGGAGGAGGACGUGGACCUGGACGUGGACUUGGACGUGGACAUGGACAAGGACGUGGUCGUGGACGUGGACGUGGAUGUGGACGUGGUCAUGGACGUGGACUGGUCGUGGACGUGGACGUGGACGUGGACCUCGACAUGGACGUGGACGUGGACGUGGACUUGGACGUGGACGUGGACGUGGACGUGGACGUGGACGUGGUCGUGGACGUGGACGUGGACAUGGACGUGGACGUGGACUUGGACGUGGACGUGGACGUGGUUUGGACGUGGACCUGGACCUCGACGUGGACGUGCACGUGCACGUGGACGUGGACGUGGACGUGGACGUGGACGUGGCAAGGACGUGGACCUGGACGUGGUCGAAGACGUGGACGUGGACGUGGACAUGGAGGACGUGGACGUGGAUGUGGACGUGGUCGUGGACGUGGACGUGGACGUGGAGGUGGACGUGAACGUGGACUUGGAUGUGGACGUGGACCUGAACGUGGACCUGGACGUGAACGUGGACGUGGACAUGGACGUGGACUUGGACGUGGACGUGGAUAUGGACGUGGACGUGUUCGUGGAUGUGGACGUGGACGUGGACGUGGUCGUGGACGUGGACGUAGACGUGUACGUGGACGUGGUCGUGGACGUGGACGUGGACGUGGACCUGGACGUGGACGUGGACGUGGACGUGGUUGUGGACGUGGACGUGGAUUUGGACGUGGACGUGGACUUGGACGUGGACGUGGACGUGGACGUGGUCCUGGACGUGGACGUGGACGUGGACGUGGACUUGGACGUGGAUGUGGACGUGGACGUUGACGUGGACGUGGAGGACAUGGACGUGGACGUGGACGACGUAAACGUGGACGUGGACGUGGACCUGGACGUGGACUUGGACGUGGACUUGGACGUGGACGUGGACGUGGUCGUGCACGUGGACGUAGAGGUGGACAUGGACUUGGACUUGGACGUGGACGUGGAUGUGGACGUGGACGUGGACCUGGACCUGGACGUGUACCUGGACUUGGACGUGGACUUGGACGUGGACGUGGACGUGGUCGUGGACGUGGACGUGGACCUGGACGUGGACGUGGACUGA